AUGCAGACCUCCCCACCUUCUAAGAAAAUUCCCAAAUCCAACAUUGUCUUCCAGGUGAAUCCCCGAGCGGAUGCCAUUCGCUCCAAGCUGAUCUAUACAUUUUACCUGAUAGACCACUUGCAGGGGCUGAGCCAUGCAGUGCCACGGCAUAACGUACAGGAUUUUUUGGACCCCAAAAAGCUGAAGAAGCUGAUGCUCAUGGACCACAACCAGCUGGUCCGCUUCAAUGUCAUGCCCGUCCGAAACAUCCAGAUCACCCAGGAGAAACGCUGGCGCAACCGUAUUGAAGUGCGUUGCAGCCACUGGCCCCCUCUGAAGAUGUGGGCUUCUUCAGUUCUGAACAGCCCAACGUUCAAGGGCUUCAUCAUCUUUCUCAUCUUCCUGAACAUGCUUGUCCUCAUGAUCUCAACAGAGAUAAUGGAGAAGAGGGGAAUAAUCUUUGUGAAAAUAAGUAGGGCACUGGAGGUGAUCAUUUGGGUCAUUUUACAUGUCUUUACGGCUGAGAUUGGGCUGCACUGGUUUGUGAGCUUUCAGAAAUAUUGGAAAAAUCCCUGGAAUGUCUUUGAUUUCACAGUGACCAUCAUCUCCUUUAUCCCAGAAAUUUACUUCCUGUUAGAGAAGUACCACAGUGUGGCAAGUCUCCGACUUCUGCAGGUGUGUCGCGUGCUGCGUUGCCUAAAGCUCUUUUCCAGAGUCCCACAAGUCCGGGUCCUCAUCAUGGCUAUUGCCAAAGCCUUGAAAGCGAUGGCCUUCAUCUUGGUUCUCCUCGCCUUCCUCUUCUACGUCUUUGCUGUGUCAGGCAUCUUCUUUUUUGAGAGUUACAGCCGUUCAGACAGGAACGACCUUACUUACAACAUGUAUUUCAUGGACAUGCCCAAUGCCUUAGUGACUAUCUUCAUUCUUUUCACCAUGGAUCACUGGUACGCUUUGCUGCAAGACUCGUGGAAGGUCCCAGAGAUGAACAGGAUGAUCAGCGGCGUGUUUGUCUGUCUGUGGCUUCUAAUCGGGGCAUUUAUUUUUAGGAAUCUCUUUGUUGCCAUUAUGGUCACAAAUUUCCAGAACAUUCGAAGUGACCUAAGUGAAGAGGUGAGACAGAUAGAGGCUCAGAAACAAGCUGACAAAUUUAAAAUGGAGAUCAUGGAAAGGAGAUAUAGCCUGAAUCAGACAACUAUGGACAGAGACAGUGCAUUACGGGAAAAGUUCAGCUUGGACAUCCCAUUCGUUCCAACCGCAGACUAUCCAUAUUACAGCUAUGAUGAAAUGCACCCUGGAAUCUUGGACUGGGAGACUUACAUCCACAAGAACUUACCGGGACUCUAUGCUGCUGACGAUGACGAACAGGUCCUUUGGCCUCGGGACUCCCUCUUCCGUUACUUUGAGUUGUUGGAGAAUUUGCAGUAUAACCUGGAUGAACGCAAACAACUACAGCAAUAUAUAGUAUUGGCUCUUUCCAACCUUGAGGACAAGUAG